GGGACAGAGCUGCGGCCGGCGGUGCCAGCAGCAGCCGGCCCCUUCUUCUAGCCCGUCCGCCCGUCCCUCUUCUCUGCCUCCCGCCCUCCUCCCGUGUCCCGCCUCCCGCCAGCGGCACCACCUCCGUCCUGCGCUGCGCGGCUCCCGGCAGCUCAGCCUGCCCGGCCGCCUCUCCUUCGGACCACCGAGCCGGCAGCCGCUCCCAUCCCAUGCGCGGCGCUGCGCGGAGGCAGAGGGACAUCCGCGCUCGCCCGGGAGCCGCUGCUGUGUGAAAGAAAAUGUCAGUCAGCAUGCACGAAAAUCGCAAAUCUAGGGCCAGCACUGGCUCCAUAAACAUAUACCUGUUUCACAAGUCAUCCUAUGCUGAUAGUGUCCUUACUCAUCUGAACCUUCUGCGUCAGCAGCGUCUCUUUACAGAUGUGCUCCUCCAUGCUGGGAACAGGUCAUUCCCCUGCCACAGAGCCGUGCUAGCCGCUUGUAGCCGCUAUUUUGAAGCGAUGUUCAGCGGAGGACUGAAGGAGAGCCAAGACAGUGAAGUCAACUUUCAUAAUUCGAUUCACCCAGAAGUUUUAGAGCUUCUGCUGGACUACGCCUAUUCCUCCAGGGUUAUCAUCAACGAGGAGAAUGCGGAGUCGCUGCUGGAGGCUGGUGACAUGCUGGAGUUCCAGGACAUCCGGGAUGCCUGCGCGGAAUUUCUGGAGAAAAACCUACAUCCCACCAACUGUCUGGGCAUGCUGCUGCUGUCGGAUGCUCACCAGUGUACCAGGCUGUACGAGCUGUCCUGGAGGAUGUGCCUUAGCAACUUCCAGAGUAUCAGUAAGAGCGAAGACUUCCUCCAGCUGCCCAAAGACAUGGUAGUGCAGCUUCUUUCCAGUGAAGAACUAGAAACUGAAGAUGAGAGGCUAGUAUAUGAAUCUGCUAUCAACUGGGUCAACUAUGACCUGAGUAAGCGUCACUGUUACCUGCCUGAGCUGUUGCAGACGGUGAGACUGGCCCUCUUGCCAGCCAUAUACCUCAUGGAGAAUGUGGCCAUGGAGGAGCUUAUCACCAAGCAAAGGAAAAGCAAAGAGAUUGUAGAAGAGUCAAUAAGGUGCAAAUUAAAGAUAUUGCAGAACGAUGGCGUGGUCACUAGUUUGUGUGCCAGACCCCGUAAAACUGGCCAUUCGCUUUUUCUUUUGGGUGGCCAAACCUUUAUGUGUGACAAGCUGUACUUGGUGGACCAGAAGGCAAAGGAGAUCAUUCCGAAGGCUGACAUACCGAGUCCACGGAAAGAGUUCAGUGCCUGUGCCAUAGGCUGCAAAGUGUAUAUCACAGGGGGAAGAGGGUCAGAAAAUGGAGUCUCCAAAGAUGUGUGGGUGUAUGACACCCUUCACGAGGAGUGGUCAAAAGCUGCACCCAUGCUGGUAGCUAGGUUUGGGCAUGGCUCUGCUGAACUUAAGCACUGUUUGUACGUAGUAGGAGGACACACUGCAGCAACUGGUUGCCUUCCAGCUUCCCCUUCAGUAUCCUUAAAGCAAGUGGAACAAUAUGACCCCGUGACCAACAAAUGGACCAUGGUUGCCCCACUCCGAGAGGGCGUAAGCAACGCAGCUGUAGUCAGUGCAAAGCUUAAGCUGUUUGCUUUUGGAGGUACCAGCGUUAGCCAUGACAAGCUGCCCAAAGUUCAGUGCUAUGAUCAGUGUGAAAACAGAUGGACGGUACCAGCCACCUGCCCCCAGCCCUGGCGCUACACAGCUGCAGCUGUUCUGGGUAACCAGAUUUUUAUUAUGGGUGGAGAUACUGAAUUCUCUGCAUGCUCUGCUUACAAAUUCAACAGUGAGACAUACCAGUGGACUAAGGUGGGAGAUGUGACAGCUAAGCGAAUGAGCUGCCAUGCAGUGGCAUCUGGAAACAAAUUGUAUGUGGUUGGAGGCUACUUUGGCAUUCAGAGGUGCAAAACGUUGGACUGCUAUGAUCCCACGUUAGAUGUGUGGAACAGCAUAACCACUGUGCCCUACUCGCUAAUUCCCACAGCAUUUGUUAGUACGUGGAAGCACCUCCCCUCGUAAUUGUGCAUGUGUUGCAAGUACAAAUAAUCAGUGUACUGCUUUAUUUGGAGAAGAGAAUUGGAACCUCAGAUCUGGAGAAACAGUUUUAAUGAAGAAAAAUUGUUCGGCGUCUCUUGCAUUUGAAGAAAAUCAUCUGCACCUUGUAAAUUAUCUAACCUAGACAUGAAGGAAUGAGAGGGGGAAAAAAAAAGUCUUAAGUGCUUCAGCACGUGGUUUAAAUAUAAAUGGAUGAACCUAUGAUCUGGUCCUUGUGCUAGUAAUUAUGGAUUAAUGCCAAUAUUAAUCAGUCCUUCAAAAGAGAAAACCAGACAGAACUUCUGAGCUGUGCAGCACACAACACUUGAUUUCCAUGGACUCUGCUCUUUAUAUGUGAAAUUUGAAAUGGUUGUCACCUCUCUUUGUGGUGGUUUUUAAGUGCCAGCACCAGCUGCAGGGGAAGCAGGCCAGAUCUGAACCAGUGAGAUGCUGCUGUGAAUGAAGCAGCAGCAUUGCUGCUGAACCCUGCUGACUGGGGCUUGCUUGUCUGUGGGCAGUGCCCACAGCAUCUCUUAGAUCCCACGUUGCAUUGUCCUGUGUGCAGUGGGUGACUCUCUUCUUGACAUCAAAUGGCCCAGUGGUGAAAUGCUUUAGGAACAGUGGGAAAAAAAAAUUACGUCCCCCAAAUGCUCCUUGUUCUCUUUCCUCCCUGUAUUUAUAAGUAAUUCAAUCUGUCCCAUUCUUAUGUUACUUGUUGUAGAGAUAGUUAUUUAUUGUUCAGUGCUUGCAUGCUGAAACAAUGCCUGUAAUUGUCUUUGUGUUGCAAGGGCUUGUGUGAAUUGUUGUAUGUUUUGCACAUUUUGUGAUCUGUAAUUUGCUCUGCUGCACAAAGAAAGAAAACUGUUCAGUAACAGUUGGAAGUGGGAAGGAGGUGUGGCUUCCCGGUCGGAAAUGUGGGGAUUACAAGGCAGGAUCUUAAAUUACACACAUACUAAUGGAAGAAGCCAUGGAGGUCACUUUCUCAGGCCACCAGCUACCCAGGUGUGUCUUGUAGAUGGUGUCCUUACUACAUUUCAUGUGUUGGUCAUGCCUUUUGAUUUCUAAUCUGGAAACAGCCAAAAUCUCUUGCAGCUCUCUCUUUGUGCAGCUUUCUGAUAGCAACUCAAAUACUGUGGAAGAGCUUCUGGAUACCCAGCCCAGAUGAAGUCAUUGUCCAAAGUUAUUUAUUUAUUUAUUGUGUUGGAAGGGGUGCUUACGGUAUAGUCACAUUGACCUGAAUGAGUGGAGUAUGGUGAUUCAAGAAUAAAAACAAUAAAACCUCAAGAUGGGUUACUGAUGAAGUCUUAAAAAAAACAAAA